UCUCCGUUUAGAGCUGGAUCUCUUUAAUGGACAAGUUUUUAAUUAAUUUUAUUUUAAUAAUUAUUUCCUUGAUAUUGUUUUUACGUGGAUUUUUUCCUGUACAAUACACGUCGGGAAACGAUUCAGCGCGACCAACCCAAUUAAAUGGAAUCGAAUUUAACUUGGAGCAGCUUUACAAACCUGAAGUGGACCGUCUUGUAUUCAUCAUCAUAGAUGCAUUAAGGUGGGACUUUAUCACGCAACAGAACUUUCCCAACUUAGCUCCCGCAUUCCAUCAGCAUGGGUGCAUGCAUAAAGUGCACGUCCAGUCGCCGACCGUUACGCUACCUCGAAUUAAAGCAUUGACCACAGGACGAGUGCCUCAGUUUUUAGAUGUCGUUCUAAAUUUGGUAGGUACAAAUAAGUUAAAUGAUAGUAUUUUACACCAAGCGAAAAAUGCGGGAAAAAAGAUUAUAUUUUACGGCGACGAUACUUGGUUAAAAUUAUAUCCGGAUGUGUUUGAACGAUGGGAGGGUGUUACAUCUUUCUUUGUUAAUGACUACACUGAAGUCGACAACAAUGUAACUAGUAACGUGUUAAACGAACUGAGUAAUUCCGAUUGGGAUAUUAUGGUUCUUCACUACCUCGGUCUGGAUCAUAUCGGCCACGUGCAUGGCCCGUUUAGUCCAUUGGUGCAACCAAAACUGCAAGAGAUGGACAAAGUGUUUAAAAGAAUUUAUGAUGAAACUAAGGUGUGGAACAAGAAAACUUUAGUUGUAGUUACUGGUGAUCAUGGAAUGAAAGAUAGCGGAGGGCACGGUGGUGCCACCUAUGCGGAAACUUACGUUCCUUUUAUUGCAGUAGGCCUUCCAUGUGUAAACGGGUCUAUUAAACAAAUUGACAUACCAGCCACUUUGUCUGUGCUUCUGGGACUUGAACUACCUUCAUCAAGUAUAGGACGGCCUGUUUUAAAUAUGUUAGUUGGUCUCUCUCAAGAUCGCCAACUAUACAUCUUAAAUUACGUUUCUUCACUAAUAAAAUCUAUAUCCGACCAAUAUGAGGAGAUUUUGAAUGAUGCCACCAGCUACCACUACAAAUUUAUGGUUUCCAAUAGCACAAAAGACGCAACAAGCGCACAAAUUCAGUAUCAAGCUUACAUAAAUAUGGUAACAGAAAAUUUACUACACGUGUCAGCUGUACAAGACGAUUAUACUUUGCUCGUGUCUAUUUUGGCAUUGCUAAACUUGUUAUGUGUGGUAUUCUCGAACUUGUGUUUCUUGGGAGAUGGCACCACGACCCAAUUAGCCGUCACACUAAUUUUAAUAAUUCAACUACUACCAACACUGUUACUCACUUCUGUAUUAAGCAUAGCACUAUUGCUUUAUUUCUUGCUACAAAACGUAGUAAAAGUAGCCCGCUGUGUUAAACCUAACGAUAAUGGGAUAUUUAUCAUUUGUACAGUUUUGUACUUGUCAAGUUUGCAAUCUUCAAGUUUCAUAGAGGAGGAGCAUCAGACGUGGUAUUUCAUGUUGGGAACGUGCAUUUUACUCAAAGGCUACAAACUGAAACAUUUUCAAAUGUUACCGAUACUCAUUUUCAUUCGUUUCAUACGAACAAUGAAUCCUUCCGGUGAUAAAUGGAGCCACCUACCAACUCUAUCAAGCUGGUUUGUGCUAGAAGAAAAUUACGUAUUUUACCAAAUUUUGUUUUGCAGUAGCUUAAUGUUGAUUUAUUUUUGUUGUAAUAAGUUGCUCAAGAGACAUUCUCUGGUUAUCCCGUUGAUUUUAAUUUUUAUUUAUGUGUUUCAUACAUGCUUUGAGAAAAGUCCAACUGUAGGCAAAUUUAUCUGGCUAGGUAUUGGUUUCAAUUUCCUUUUGGAAUUAUAUCGCUUUAAAAAUUAUGCCGACCAAUUUGUGGUCUGUUGGAUCUUAUUGUGUUCGCUUUUGAUUCGCCCCCACAACUUGGUGCUAAUACCCAUUUGCUUAUUUAGCUGCGCUUUAGUUCAAAAUUAUUUAAAAAAUUCAUUGCAUAUCACAAUGAUUACCUUAUUGAUUGGCAAAGUAUUUUUUUUUGCUCAGGGUAAUGGUAAUAGCUUUGCUAGUGUUGAUGUAGCCUCGGGUUACGUAGGCCUUCAAAGUUACGUGCCAAGUAUUGUGUUCUUGCAAAUUGUUUGCCAUACAUACACUUUUCCGGUGCUAGUGACACUAUUUACAAUAACAACACAUUCCCGUUUAGUAUGGGAGAUUUCUAUAUUUUUUAGGACAUUAACCUUAGUGACAACUUGUACGGCAAUCCUAAUACACAGACAUCAUUUAUUUGUCUGGAGUGUAUUUGCGCCAAAAUUACUUGUAGAAUCUUUCAAUUGUAUUGAAUUAUUAGUAGAAUUACUCAUUUUUAAGUUUAUAAAGCUUUCCAAGUGUAACAGCAUACAGACUGAUGUAAAUAAAGUAAACGUUUAUUAGAUUGUUACAGAAAUGUUUUACUAUCUACAAACUUAGUCUUCGGGCUUAUCGGGCGGCGGACCGCAAGGUUGCAACAUUUUUUCCAUUAUAUUAAAUCGGACUCUUGCUUUUGCUUCGUUUUCGGCGAUAGCAAAGUAAUUCAGCAAGUCAGGAUGACCAAGGUAACUGGAGCAGCUAUCCCUGUGUUGAUUGACCAACCAUUCGUACUUGGUAGUAUCUGCAUGGCCUGUUCCAAUGUAUUUUGAUUGUAGAUGUUCCAAUUGACUGUGUAUGUUAUAUCUAUCGCCCAUAUUUCAAUUUAUACCUAUUUAAUUUUAAAUAAUUU